AUGAAGAUUACAGAGUGUGAUCAAGAAAUUAAUCGACUUUCUAAUAGAAUUAAAGAAAAUCAAAAUUUAAUAAAAGAAAGUAAAAGUAAAGGUACACAAUUGUUAAAAUCGUUCUUCGAAGGUAGUCCUGAUAACGCUAGAGUACCUGUGAAAUUUCAAGUUAUUAAAGAAGUCGCUGAGUUAUUAGACUUUCCCUCUCCUUUAGUACAGGUUUUUAUAAAAUGCUACGAUCCGUUUAUAAAACAGCAGCUAUCUGAUAUUCGUAAACUUUUUGAGAUUAAUCCUGCUACGAUUAAUUUUAGCACAUUACCUACUCAAGCGGUCCCUGAAUGUGAUGAGGACAUUGGUCCUAAAGAUCCUAUAACGAGUCAACGAAUUAUAACUCCGGUAGUAACUGAUGCUGGCACCCUAUUUGAUUUACAAUCAUUGCGUAAAUGCUUUUCUGAACAUCCUACUAAAGAAGAUGUAUAUGAAUUCUCCCACUAUGAUGGACGAGUAGAGCAUAUUCACUAUUUAUGCUGGAAACAAAUCGGUAAUCUUAGUGAAUAUUUGUAUCAGAGAAGAAGACAGACAUCUCCAGAAAAACGUCACUCAUUUAUUAACAUACCGAGUGAUUUAAAUGAGUUACUUAGAAUACAAUACGAUCUUCAGCAAGAAAUAGCUUGUAUAGAAAAGGAAUUUAAGGCGGCGAUGGAUAAAAAGCAAAUAGAAUUAGAGAAGAUUAAUACACAGAUUCAAUCGCUUCAUAUAUCAGAAUCAUCGGAUAAAGAUACUUUCAGUGAUGAAGAAUAUGAGAUUGUAUCUUAA